AUGGACUUGGGGUCAGCCGGCGGAGAUCCCUGGGCGGAUCAAAGCACAGCCUCACCACCGGUUCACUUCAUUCAGCAACUGGUUCCCCAACAGCCAGAGGUGACGAUUCUCCAGCAGAUGCCCUGGAUUCCAUCUUCUCUUCCUCUGUCCAACAGAGGAGGCCAAAUCAGGGAAGAUUUGAUGGAGCUUAUGCUGAUUCAAAAUGCCCAGAUGCACCAGGUGAUCAUGAAUAACUUAGCCAUGUCGUCGCUAGCCUCCUUUGGGCUCACCUCGGCCCAACCUGCAGCCCAGGUCACCCAUCUCCCUUGGCAGGUAGAAGAGGAUGAAGACGAUGACCCAGAGCCCCUGGUUUUCCAUCACCAUUACGCUCCCUGUCCUACCACUCUGCCCUUCACAGCGUGGCAGCCUCAGUCCCAGCCUCAGCCAUUGGCUUGGCCACAGCCUAACAUUCGCCACGUGGGCCCUGAUCCCAAACCAGAAGCAAGACAGGAUGACGAAGCGGUCCCUCCACCCCCGCCACCAAGCGCAACCGGGACGGUGACAGCUGAUGUCCCACCAGCAGAAGAAUACUACGACUACACCCAAGGACGGUUUUGA